UUGAUCAGAUACUUCAAGAGGGAACAGGAAGACUUUGCAGAGCUCUGACUGUUUUCUGACCCAACGGACAUUAUAAUUAAAAAAUAAAUAAACAAAAAGCUAAAAAGAAAGGACAAUAAACAGAUACAAAAGGCCACCCUAAGGACAAGAAAUCAGUAAAAACUAUUUUUUGAAAGACAAAAAAACUGACCUAGGGCUUAAAGUUAUAUAGACUGAGUGCUGGACUGGUAUGGCUGCUAUGAGGAACUCAUACCCUUGGUCAGAGACCUUUGAGUGCCCUGUACAGGAAGGGGAGCUGUCAGAUGGAGUCCGCCCUCUGAGGUCUGCUGGUGACAAAGGCUCUGAAACCCGCAUCAGAAGACCCAUGAAUGCCUUCAUGGUUUGGGCCAAAGAUGAGAGGAAGAGGCUUGCUGUCCAGAAUCCUGAUCUUCAUAAUGCAGAGCUAAGCAAGAUGCUAGGAAAGUCAUGGAAAGCUCUCACACCUUCUCAAAAGAGACCAUAUGUAGAAGAAGCAGAGAGGCUCAGAGUCCAGCAUAUGCAGGACUACCCCAAUUACAAAUACCGUCCUAGAAGAAAGAAGCAAAUUAAAAGGAUUUGUAAACGUGUAGAUCCUGGUUUCCUACUCAGCAGCCUUUCCCAUGAUCAAAACUUGGUGCCAGAAAACAGAACAUGCAGAAGCAAUCUGGAGAAAGAAGAAACAAUCAGGUAUUCACCUAGACCAGGACUUCCAAGCAUACAAAGCUACAGAGAAACUCAGACAAAUGCCACCUUCGACACCUAUCCAUAUGGGCUUCCAACUCCACCCGAGAUGUCACCUUUGGAUGCCAUGGAACGUGACACUAAUUUUUUCUCUUCAGCUUGUGCAGAAGAUCAUCAUCCCAACAUGAAUGGAGUAAAUUAUCUUCCUGAAUACAAUCAUAGCGGAACCCCCAUCCAGUGUAACCAUCUUGGUCAACUACAAAUUCCUCAUCCUGGCUCUGCCAUGAUUCAGGCUCUUCCUAGCUGUCCUCCACCCCCUCCACCAUACUACACUUCCUCUUUUCCAUCUGUGCAUCAUAGCCUCCAUGUUCAUCUUGGCCAGCUAUCCCCUCCACCUGACCAGCACAGUCUUGAUAGCCUUGAUCAAAUCAACCAAGCAGAACUAUUGGGAGAGAUGGACAGGAAUGAGUUUGACCAGUACCUUAAUACCCCUCUUCAUGUGGAACAGAAUGGGCUGAAUGUUAGUGGACAUAUCCAAGUAACACAGUCUGGGUGCACCAGCUCUUCAGAAACCAGUCUGAUCUCUGUUUUGGCAGAUGCUACAGCUGCUUACUACAACAGUUACAGUAUUUCUUAGAAAGUACUGGAGCAUAAACUUAGUACAGCAGUAUUAUUAUAAUUAUUAUUAAUUUAUGAAACCUGAAGGACACAUAAAAAAAAUUGGUUUCAUCAUAGAGCUUGUAUGACUUACGAGUAAUAGAGAAACUGUUAUACUUUCAAGAUACUUGUGCCAAAUUGUAUGUCUGUUUACAGGGUCUUCCUCUAUCCUGUAAAAAGAAAUCAUAUUAGUCAUCAGUGCGACUCAGACCAUGUAACAUUCCAAAAUACAUUGAAUGUGAAUGUCCAGACCACUGCACUCUCUAAGGCAGUAUUUCAAGAAAGCUGGACUAAAAUGUGACUACUUUUUUGAUUGUAACAUAAUUAAGCAUUUUUCAAUUUUUUUUUAUUCUACUAUAAGAAACAAAGAGGCUUUAUUUAUUUAUGAGUUUUUUUUUCAUCAAAGAAAAAAAAAUGCCUGCUUUAUAGAAGAAAUGGAACUGCAAAGAAACUGUUUUUAAUUUAUGUUAUUGCCUGAAUUACUUUAACAUUCUGAUUUCAGGAAUGCAGCAUCCACGUUUUACAUUUACAUGAUACAUUACACAUGCAAAAAGUUGGCAGUCCCACAACAUGCUAGCAGUCACUGUGUCAACUGUAUGUAAAAUGUAAGUGAUAGCAGAUGAGGUUAGCAAACAGCACCAGUAACCAUCUAGACAAAGGUGUUCAUUCCAAGAGUUGCUAACUUUUUGUUCAAAGGUGCAGUUGUGAACAGCAUGCUACAUUAAAAAAAAUCAGAAUUCA